CAGCUGGCGACACCAUGGCGGAGCGUGGGCAGCGGCUCCAGCUCCCGACUUUGCCUCGCAGGCUGCUGCAGGAGCAGCGGAACUGCGGGCCCUGGCACCUGGAGACCCUGCCUUCCAAGAGUUUCAUGAAGCCCAAGAGGCCGAGGUUCCCGGGACCUGUGAACAGCCGGCGUUGGGUGUUUGUGAGAGAGGACCUGGAUGACUUCAGGAAAGGCUGUCCCCGACACCAGCACCCCAAGGAUGUCUCCCUGCCUCAUGUUCAUCACAGACUUCCCCAAGCUACCCCCAAGAAGAGGCAGAAUGGACUGCCUGAGGGGGCCGCCCGGUUAUCCAAGCUUCCACAGACGAGGAAGGCAUUCCUAGAGGGUGUGGAAGAUAGCAUGGUCCUGCACCUCCUGGCUCGCUACCCACAUCUGGAAGAAGCUCUGUCCCCUGAGCUCUUAUUGCAGGUGCUGGAGGUACUCGACCCUGAGAAGAACUUGGAGGAGACAUGGGCUUAUUGUCGGGAUUCCAGAAAAUUAUUGAAGGGACCCACAGAACUUGAAGAAAAAUGUUCUUCUCAGGUGUGCCUCCCCAAGAAGAUGCCAGUGUCACAUUCAGGCCAGUGGCUUUGUGAAGAAAAGCCAAGCGAAGUGAAUUCUCUCCAUCAAGACAGUCUCCUUCAUGACAACGUGCGCAGAGGGGUCCGAGACUUCUGUGACUGGGCCGAGGCUCUUGGAAGUUCGCCCCUCGAGGAGGAGUUCAUCCUGCAGCAGUUUGACCUUGACUAUCACACCAGACGCUGCUGUGCUGUGCUUCCUGCCGAAAAGCGUUCUGUCCUGAGCCAACUGCAGGAGGCAGAGCUGUGCCAUAAACCAGACCGUGAGAGGCGACUCCGGAGAGCACAGGACAAACCCUUCAUCGAUGGCCGACGGUCCCUGAGAGAACACGGCGGGUGCUGGAACAAACCCCGGUCCUCUGGAAGAGCGAGUCCUCAUAGGCCAAAGAGGGUGAAGAUGAGGUACGGAGCCUGGUAUCUGAAGACCAACUUGUGGAAGAAGCAAAGAGCGGAUGAACCUUUGGUUGAUCCCAAGAUUUCACACAAAGCUCAGGAUGCUAACUUUGAAAAGCAUCUUCGGGAGCAGGCGGAGCUGCUUGCAGGCCUACACGGAACUGUGGCCUUUAAGGACUUCGUUCUAAGCAGGGGUUACAGGAUGCCCAGGUUCCUUGAGAAGAUAUAUGCUUUCGAGAAAGGUAGAUCUGAAAAUAUUAAGACUCCUAAGAAACUCAUGCCAACAGCAAAGCAUCCUGGGAGAAGAUGAGGCAGCUUUUAUUGACCGCAUACUCGGGUUUUCUUCCAUUAUUUAAAUAUUAAGUAGGACAUGGUAAGUGCCCACGCGGAAACUUCAACCUGGCAGCAUCUAUAAAUAUAAAACCCGACAAAAUGUUUCUAAAUGGCUUUAAUCGAUUUUUGUAUUAUUUUUAGUUAUGUAUAGUUGUGUAUGUCUGCAUGGGGGGUGUACACAUGAAUGUAGGGGCCCUCAGUGGUCAGAACUGGUGAGUUCCCUGGAGCUGGAGUUACAAACAGCUGUGAGCCACUGUGUGGGGGUUGGUAAUUGAACCUUGGUCCUCUGGAAGAGCAGGUGUACUCUUAACUCCAGAUUGAGCUCUCCAGCCCUCAUCAAUCAAUGUCUUGUUUGUUUGUUGUCUUCUUCAGGCAGAGUCUUGCUCUGUAGCGCAGGCUAACCUCUGAUUAGUCACCCCGAACCCCAGAGUAGCCUCUCAGGGGCUAGAGUUGCAGCUGCCCACCAACAUCCGUGGCUUAGCAUUUUACCAACUAUGUGUGUUACCAACUAUGGAAUCUAAAUUCAUGUAGAGUCUCCUCAAAGUUUUGUGUUAUGAAAAUUACAUAAGUAUAUUAGUUCUUUGUAAGGAUAAAAUCAUAAGUAAAGGCAAAAUCGCUCUAUUUUUAUUGUUAUAACUUUGAAUGGGGCUCCUCUUUUCUCCCUUUAUGUUAUUAUUUUCUUGCAUUUUGAGUUAAGCUAACUGAGAUGUUCUUUCUCUCUUCUUAGGCAUGUUAGUCUUGCUAAUAAAUGUGUACUUGCGAUGGAAGGUCAUAGGUCAAAAAAAUUUAAUGGAAAAUUAAGCUAACAUAUUUUGUUACUUUUUAAAGAUAAAAAUUUAUUCGUGUAUGCAUGUGGCUACUCUCUGAGUCAGAGGAGUCUGCCGGAUCCUCUGGAGCUGGAGGCCCAGGUAGUUGUGUGUUGCGUAUGUGGGCAGUGAAAACCAAAUUUGGAUGCUCUAAAGGAGCAGCAAGUGUCCUGAACCCUGAACUAUCUCUCCAGCUGCUACAUUUUAUUACUUUAAAAAAUUAUUUUGUGGGGGAUGGGGUUG